CUCAUUUCCAACACUCUUUUGCCCGACCGAAAAAAAAUCCUCCCAUCCCCACCUGCCUUCUCAUUUCCCCCCCUUUAUUCAAUUGCUCUCUCUCUCUCUCUCUCUCUCUCUCACAAGUCAUAACUGCAACUCUGCAAGCACCCCACACCACGCAUUUCUCGCCUUCUCGGAGUAGAUAUUUUUACAUAGGUUUCGUCGGCGGUAGAAGAUGAAGAUUCAGUGCAACGUGUGUGAGGUUGCGGAGGCGAACGUUCUGUGCUGCGCCGACGAGGCCGCCCUCUGCUGGUCCUGCGACCAGAAGGUUCACGCUGCCAAUAAGCUGGCCUCUAAGCACCAGAGGGUUCUUCUCUCGGACUCCCCUUCUUCGAUGCCCAAGUGCGACAUCUGCCAGGAAACCGUGGGCUUCUUUUUCUGCCUUGAGGAUCGGGCUUUGCUCUGCAGGAAGUGUGAUGUUGCGAUUCAUACAGUCAACACACAUGUCUCAGCUCACCAGAGAUUCCUUCUUACUGGGGUGAAAGUUGGACUUGAACAUACUGAACCCGGUCCAUCUUCAUCCUCAGGAAAGUCACAGUCCGGGGAGAAAAUCUCUGAGCAGGAGUUUCAAUCUGUUUCUAUGAGAAAUGCCUCUGUGGCAUUCCAACAUGAAGCAUUACCUAUGCAAACAACUGUGGCUGGGAAUUUUGGACCUCCUAAACGACACUUUUCUGGUGGCUCUGUAGUCGGAAGUAUUCCUCAGUGGCACCUGGAUGAAUUUAUUGGAUUAAAUGAGUUCAGUCAUAAUUAUGGCUACAUGGACAAUAACUCAUCCAAGGCGGACAGUGGGAAGCUUGGAGACCUUGGUGGCUCCCCCUCUACUUCUAGUUUCAGGAUCAAUGAGGAAGAGCUAUGUGGCGAUGAGGUGUUGGGUCAGUUCAUUGAGGCAUCUUGGGCAGUUCCACAAAUUCCUUCUCCUCCAACAGCCUCGGGGCUAUAUUGGCCUAAGAGCAACCAAAACCCAUUUGAUUCUGCAGCCUUUGUUCCCGACAUAUCUGACUCUCCCUCCCACGAAUUUGGAACAGAGCAGUCAAACUGUAGUAGAACAAAACGGAGAAGACACUACUAAUGUAUUCCUAUUACAACAGAAUUUUGACUCCCCACUGUAUGCAGGAAGAUUUCCCACACAUGUUUUUUCUCUAAAAUGCAGCAUUUCGCCUAAAAUAAUCCUCUUUUCAAGUUCCACGAGGAAGAUUAUAUACAGUGUGUUCCUGCUGCGUUGAAAGACCGGAGGACUGGUUGAACUAGAAGCAAUGUGUGUUCCAAGUCAUCGGGAACUGAAUCUCUGUUGCGGAAAAAGUACAAGUAUUCUACAGAUAAUGUGGUUUUCUCUUUGUGUCUCAGACUGUCGGUAAGACUUCCUCAAAAGAACUAAAAACAGGAAAACAAAACCUAAAAGGAUUUGCUAUCGGUUGUGCCCCAUUUUGGCUCUAGUGCUCAAUUUCAAAUGGUCAAUUUAUUGUGUAGGAACCCCCCCCCUGUGUGCAAUCAGCUAUGAUACAUCUGAUUGACAUAUUAUCAUAAACAUUGUAGAUUCUCAUUUUCAAUGCACUGCUAUAUGCGAUUCAAUUUGUAUGCAAUUAAAUAUUGUUAUGGUUC